UAAUAUUAUAACAUACUCUUUUUAUUUGUAGGAAGCACUUGCAUUUAGCUAGUAUAUAUGCAGUUUGAUCCUUCAAUUAUGUUCGGUUCUUUUGAAAUUAUCUUCUCCCGUUGUUGCAACGAGAAUUUUGCUACUAAAUUAAAAUGAAAAAAGAAAAAAGUUUGAAAAGAAAGUUUUCUAUAAGGGACCGAAGCUUUCACGAAAUUUCAAUCCAAUAUUCCAGGAGAUGAUCCGGUGCUCGCAGUCGCAGAUCCUUUCCCUGUCUCCGAAGAAGUCGUCCCUCUCACUCCUUCCCGCUCUGCACGACUGCACCCAACUCCUGCCAAUGGCGUCGGUGGCCGCUACCACUUUCCCCUCCAUGGCCCGCCCCGCGGCCCGCGGGAUCGUGGCCGGCGCCGCCGCCUCCACCGUGCCGCUUCCCCGCGCUGGCGUUGCCUCCCCGUGCCCGACGGCGCGCUCGCUGGGCUUCGCGGCCCGCGGGACCGACCCGCGGCUGGCGAUCCACGUCUCGUCGCGGCGUCGAGCGGCCUCGGCGUCGGCGGGGAGCCGCCUGGCGCGCGCCGUGGCGACGAUGGCGAAGAAGAGCGUGGGCGACCUGGCAGCCGCGGACCUCGAGGGGAAGCGCGUGCUCUUGCGCGCCGACCUCAAUGUGCCCCUCGACGCCAGCCAGAACAUCACCGACGACACCCGAGUCAUAGCCGCCAUCCCCACCAUCAAACACCUCAUUGGCAACGGGGCCAAGGUCAUCCUUUGCAGCCACUUGGGCCGUCCUAAGGGUAUCACUCCCAAAUUUAGCUUAGCUCCUCUUGUACCAAGGUUAUCUGAACUUCUUGGCAUACAGGUUCAAAAGGCAGAUGAUGUUAUUGGUCCAGAAGUUGAGAAAUCGGUCUCUGUGCUGCCAAACGGCAGUGUUUUACUGCUUGAAAAUGUCAGAUUUUACAAGGAGGAGGAGAAGAAUGACCCAGAGUUUGCGAAGAAGCUUGCCUCCCUCGCUGAUCUUUAUGUAAACGAUGCAUUUUGAACUGCUCAUAGAGCGCAUGCAUCAACUGAGGGAGUCACCAACUACUUGAAGCCGUCUGUUGCAGGGUUCCUUUUGCAGAAGGAGCUUGAUUACCUUGUUGGAGCUGUUUCAAACCCCAAGCGGCCAUUUGCGGCUAUUGUAGGUGGUUCCAAAGUGUCAUCUAAGAUUGGAGUUAUUGAAUCACUCUUGGAGAAGUGUGACAUCCUUCUAUUGGGUGGCGGUAUGAUAUUCACAUUUUACAAAGCACAAGGAUUUCCAGUAGGAGCUUCCUUGGUGGAAGAUGACAAACUCGAGCUAGCAACAUCUCUCCUUGCAAAGGCAAAAGAAAAGGGUGUAUCUCUUAUGUUGCCAACAGAUGUAAUUGUUGCUGAUAAGUUUGCUCCUGAGGCUAACUGUCAGGUUGUUUCUGCUUCUGCAAUUCCUGAUGGAUGGAUGGGACUGGAUAUUGGCCCAGAUUCAGUUGCUGCAUUCAGUUCUGCCUUGGAAACUACUUAGACAGUCAUUUGGAAUGGGCCCAUGGGAGUUUUCGAAUUUGAAAAAUUCGCAGUAGGAACUGAGGCAAUUGCAAAGAAGCUGGCUGAGCUUAGUGGCAAGGGUGUAACAACAAUAAUUGGAGGUAAAGACUCUGUUGCAGCUGUUGAGAAGGUAGGAGUUGCCAAUGUUAUGAGCCAUAUUUCAACCGGAGGUGGUGCAAGUUUGGAAUUGCUGGAAGGAAAGGAACUUCCAGGAGUAGUAGCAUUGGACGAAGCUUAGAGCCUGUUGUGCUAUAUAUUAACCAAAAUUUUGUUGUAUUGAGUCAAUAUGAAGCUCCUCGGCAACAUGUAGGAAAUUGAGUGAUUCAAUCUUCUGUGCAUUUUAUCCAACGGCUUGAAAUUGAGUGAAUGUUUUGUAGCUUUUGGAAACCGGCUGAAUAAUCUGCCAAAAAAUUGCUGUAUACUCACACUAUCUCAUCACAAACAUUUAGAAAGAAAAACUUCUGUCGAUUAAUGUUGAAACUUCUCCAAGCUACUCUUGCUGUGACAAAGUACAAAUC